AUGCGAUUGUCGACACUACCAUCUAAAAUCACUGAUUCGCUGAUUAACUCGGCAUCGUCACCAGCUUUGUUGAACGGUAGUAAUCAGUCGUCGUUCUCGGCGAGUCUUGAGUCGUUACAAUCCGACCUGUUGGCGCGUUUCGGAUUGAAUGGCUCAGAUCUGCUGCAAAGCAGUCCUUUACUGCAAGGAGCCACCGGUGUAUUAGGUAAUCAUUCAAUGAACGCAACGCAAUCGUCAACGCUACGCCACCAAGCUUCUGGUAACAAUCUUUUCGGGCAAUCACUACCAACCUCAACACAUAACUCGGACACGACCAAAUCCGUUAGGUUUGUGUUCCUUGUUCAAUUAUUAUUCUCACGUCUUUGA